CUUGGAUCUUCAACAGAUGGUGAAAUGGGAGUAAGCCGAUGUCGACCAAUGACAGGGCGUUUUGGUCCGCGGAAUCUCCGCGGAGUAUCUCUGGCUGGCAGCAACUAUAAAGAAACAAGCCAUUCAAGCUGAAUCAAAUGAUAUUCUUCACCAGCAGCAACAGGAAGCACUUUUUCGCUCUUAGCAAUCAUCCUGUCUAAAUUCGCAUUUCAAAAUGGACUCAAUCGUCUCCCAAAUCCGCACUAUGGCCAAGGAUGCCGACGAAGUUGGCCUGCUUCAGAUCCAGAAGGCUCUACGAGAUAUUCAGACGGAGAUCCAGAGCCCGAAGGAUAUUUUGAUUGAAUUUGCAAACGCUAAUCUCAUGCUUGGAACGAAUCGUCUUGCAGCAGAUCUCAAGCUCUUCCACCAUCUCGCGUCUCAUAACGGCUCUUUGACUGUUGCUCGGCUCGCAGAUAUGACCGGUGCAUCCUCCCAGCUUCUAGAGAGAUUGCUCCGCUAUCUGGCUUCGAUCAACGUUAUCAAAGAAGUCGGAGUCGAUGAAUACCAAGCAAACACCACGACGAAGACUCUUGCUGAUCCCAAAGGAGAGGCUAUGGUAUAUCAUAUGUUUGAUGCCCAUGCGCCCUCUGUGCUGGCAAUGCCAGAUUUCUUUGCAGAAAACGGAUACCAAGACAUUGAGAGCAUCAUCAACACUCCGUUUCAGAAGGCCCAUAAUACGACGCUGAGUUGCUUUGACUGGUUCGUUCAGAACCCGAAACAGUUUGAAUCCAUGCAGAAAGUUAUGGCCGCUUUUGAGAGUGCUGACUGGACCGUUGGAUUUGACCUCUUUGGAUCCGAGGCAAAGAAGGUGUCUCCAACAUCUCCUCAGCCAUCGGAGAAGCCCUUUUUCGUGGAUGUUGGAGGUGGUCAUGGGCAUCAAUGCAUUCAGCUGGGAAAGAGAUACCCCAAUCUCCUUGGACGUCUCGUCCUUCAGGAUCUACCUGCAGCAAUCAAUGAACUCUCUCCUAUGGAGGGAGUCAAGGCUGAGGCUCAUAACUUCUUCGAGAAGCAGCCUGUUGCUGGUGCCAAAUUCUACUACCUGCGACGUGUGCUACACGAUUGGCCCGACAAAGAAUGCGUAAAGAUUCUCCAGAACAUAGUCGACGCCAUGUCUGCCGAUUCUCGCAUUCUGAUCGAUGAAGUGGUCUUGCCGGACACGGGUGCCCACUGGCAGGCAACCAUGGCAGAUAUCACCAUGAUGAUCAAUCUCGGUGGAAAAGAACGGACUGGUCGUCAGUGGAAGUCAGUGGCCGAUAGUGCCGGCUUGCGCGUUGAAGAGAUUCACACCUAUGUCUCGUCUAGCUACAUGUCGAUUGUUGUUCUGGCUCUGAAAUAGUGAAUAGAGUUAGAGGCCAUAGACGUUCUAAUAAAAUCUCCGCUAAAU